GGGGGUGACGUGCGGCGGGGGCACGUGACCGCUGCAUGGCCGCCUGCUGAAGCCGGCUGGUGAGCGGCAUUGUCUAGAGAGGCUGGCUAAAAGAAGACUGCUUUAUUCAGGACAAGAUCUGGACACAGAGAGUCUGCUACAAAAUCAGGCAUCGGAAUGGCUCCAAAGGUGACUUCAGAAUUGCUCAGGCAGUUGCGACAGGCCAUGAAGAACACUGAGUAUGUGAGUGAGGCAAUUCAAGCAUACAUAGUGCCUUCAGGGGAUGCCCACCAGAGUGAGUACAUAGCCCCCUGUGACUGCAGACGUGCCUUUGUGUCUGGAUUUGAUGGCUCUGCGGGCACGGCCAUCAUCACUGAGCAGCAUGCUGCCAUGUGGACAGACGGACGCUACUUCCUGCAGGCUGCCAAACAGAUGGACAACAACUGGACUCUCAUGAAAUUGGGUUUGAAAGAUACUCCGACUCAAGAAGACUGGCUUGUGAGCGUGCUCCCGGAGGGGUCCAAGGUUGGUGUGGACCCCUUGAUCAUCCCAGCAGAUCAGUGGAAGAAGAUGUCCAGGGUUCUCAGAAGUGCAGGUCAUUACCUCAUACCAGUCGAAGAUAACCUCAUUGAUAAGAUCUGGGUCAACCGUCCCCUAAGACCCUGUAAGCCUCUGCUACCUCUGGACCUAAAUUAUACAGGUGUUGCCUGGAAAGAUAAAAUUGCUGAACUUCGGGUGAAAAUGGCUGAGAGAAAGGUCUUGUGGUUUGUGGUCACAGCCCUGGAUGAGAUUGCAUGGUUGUUUAACCUGCGAGGGGCAGAUGUGGAACAUAAUCCAGUGUUCUUUUCCUAUGCGCUCAUAGGAGCUGAUACAAUCAGAUUGUUCAUCGAUGGCGAUCGUGUGAAAGCCCCUGAUGUGAGAGAGCAUCUGCUGCUUGACUCGGCUCUGACUGCCGAGUUCCAAAUCCAGGUUUUGCCCUACAAAUCCAUCCUGACGGAGCUCAAGACCAUCUGCGCCAACCUUGGCCCAAAGGACAAAGUGUGGGUCAGCGACAAAGCCAGCUACGGCCUGACGGAAGCCAUCCCCAAGGCACAUCGGUACUUCGUGCCUUAUACGCCAAUCUGCAUUGCAAAGGCUGUGAAAAAUGCAACUGAAUCUGAAGGCAUGAGGCGAGCCCACAUUAAAGAUGCUGUUGCCCUGUGUGAACUCUUCAAUUGGCUGGAGAAUGAGGUUCCCAAAGGCACAGUUACUGAGAUUUCAGCUGCAGACAAAGCAGAGGAAUUUCGUAGCCAACAGGAUGACUUUGUGGACUUGAGUUUCCCAACAAUCUCAAGCACGGGGCCCAAUGGCGCGAUCAUUCACUACACGCCAGUUCCUGAGACAAACAGGACUCUGUCGGUGAAUGAGGUGUACCUUAUAGACUCUGGAGCACAGUACAAGGAUGGCACGACAGAUGUGACGAGGACAAUGCACUUUGGCACCCCUUCCACCUAUGAAAAGGAGUGUUUCACCUAUGUCUUGAAGGGCCACAUAGCUGUUAGCGCAGCUAUCUUCCCAAAUGGAACCAAAGGCCACCUACUCGAUUCCUUUGCCCGUUCUGCCUUGUGGGACUCUGGCCUAGAUUAUCUGCAUGGGACUGGACAUGGAGUUGGGGCUUUCCUGAACGUCCACGAGGGUCCAUGCGGCAUCAGCUACAAGACGUUCUCAGAUGAGCCCCUGGAGGCAGGCAUGAUUGUUACUGAUGAGCCUGGGUAUUAUGAAGAUGGGUCUUUUGGAAUCCGAAUUGAGAAUGUUGUGCUGGUGGUGCCCACGAAGACCAAGUACAACUUUAAUAGUCGGGGAAGCCUGACUUUUGAACCCCUGACCUUGGUUCCUAUGCAGACCAAAAUGAUUGACGUGAAUUCACUCACCCAGAAAGAGUGUGAUUGGGUGAACGAUUAUCACAAGACCUGCAGGGAAGUAAUUGGGAAGGAGCUGCAGAAACAGGGACGGCAGGAAGCUCUUCAGUGGCUCAUCCGAGAAACCAGCCCUAUUUCCAAACAGCAUUAACACUGUUACCCGUUUUUAUCCAACUCUGGGAAUAAAAUAAACAUGGCAAAUUCUUUGAAAAUUUCAAUUCCUCCUGCCCUGCUGCCUUUCCCUCCCCACUCUGCUUGCAUCAUCCCCACCCUUCUCCCCCCUUCCCUUUUCGAGCGGAAUCACUUCUCCAAUACCUACAUGGAAACCCUUUUACCCUUCUUUUAAAAAUUGUCAAAGGUGAGCAAAUAGGAAAAUUGCUGUGCUGGAAUUGCAGGUUCUUUGAAGAUCAGAACCUUCAGAGAUUUGUGAAAGCGGAAACAUGAAAAGCCCCCUCUGCUUUGGCUUGACACUCUCAGUUCUCUGAUCAAGUUCCAGGUACUAGUAUUCUGUUUGUCAUAAGUGCAUAACUGAUGAGGAGGUAUUUAUGAUCAACAAAUAAAAAUAUGAAAACCCACUUUA